CCUUGGUAAGUGCCUUGUUCCUGCUGGAGAGCCCAGUGUCCAUCUCUGUGUGCUGACACCGAGCUCCUUUCAGACCUGGGACAUGGACUUGGAGGUUGCUGCUGAAAACCAUGCAGGGAAUUGCAGCUGGAACCGGAACAGUGGCCCAACCAAGAAGAACCUCUUUGCUACCAAUUCAACCCUGGAUGUAAAAUUGGCCAUUGAGGAAUGGAAUGGGGAGAGGAAAUUCUAUAACUUUUCAACAUCCCAGUGUGAGCCUGGGAAGAUAUGUGAUGACUACAUCCAGGUGAUCUGGUCAAUAACAAAUCGUGUUGGCUGUGGGAGCAAAUUUUGUAAGAAGGUGGAAGACAUCAAAGCAGAGAAUGUACAGCUGCUUGUUUGCACCUAUCAUCCCUGGUAAGUACCAGGCCCCAAUGCCCGUGCC